AGGGAGAGGCGUGCGUAAAAGGCAGGGGCGCGCGAGGCGCAGAGGCGGAGGGCACCCAGCUGGCAUGGAGAGGGGCGCCGGGGGGCUUCCUGGGCCUCCCUUCGGGGUCUCUUCGGGCUCCCUUUGGGGGCUCCUCGCCCUCUCUUCCCUCCUGAUGCUGCUGCUACUGAGCCAGGGGGGCUCCGCCGAGGGGCAGACAGGGACAUCUCCGCAGGGAGAAUUUGUUACUCCUCGUUGGAUUUCAGGAGGGCGAAACAGGCGAGAUGUCAGCACGGCGGAAGGCAUGCCAACCCCUGCCCGCGGAGAGGUGGAGGUGACCGUCGAGGGCAAAGAACUUAUUUUGGUGCUAGAAAAAAACCAAAGGCUGCUGUCCCCAGACUACACAGAGACGCAUUAUACACAAGAAGGGCAGAUGGUGACCAUAUCACCCAACCACACAGAACACUGCUACUACCAUGGCCAUGUCCGAGGGUUCAAAGGCUCCUGGGUGGUGCUCAGUACGUGCUCUGGAAUCAGUGGGCUGAUUAUACUGGACCAUAAUAACAGCUAUUACCUGAAACCUCCGGCCAGUCCAACAUCUGGGCAACAUGUCAUCUACCGGACAGAGCAUUUACCAGCCAUGGGAGGCAUUUGUGGGCAUGGUGAUCAUCUGCAAAGCAAUGGAGCAGACAUUUCCAGGUUCUUCAAACCUCAGCACCAGCGGAAAAGGAGGGACGUCUGGAGGACCUUGAAGUACAUGGAGCUCUUCAUUGUUGCGGAUUAUUCCUUGUUUACAGCUCAAAAGCAAAACUUGGGUCGCACAAAGCAACGGAUACUGGAGAUCGCCAAUUAUGUAGACAAGUUUUACAGGUCCCUGAACAUCAAGGUGGCGCUGAUCGGCCUGGAGGUGUGGACGGAGCGAGACCACUGCACGGUCAGCAACGAUGCCCAUGCCACCCUCCUCUCCUUCCUGCAGUGGAAGAAGUCUUUGAAGUCCCGGAAGAAGCAUGACAAUGCCCAGCUCCUGACAGGUGUGCCAUUCAGGGGGACGACGAUUGGGAUGGCGCCGCUGGAGGGCAUGUGCAGUGGGGAAAAUUCUGGUGGCGUCAGCAUGGAUCAUUCGGAGCUGCCCAUUGGCGCUGCUGCCACCAUGGCCCACGAAAUCGGCCACAACUUUGGCAUGAGCCACGACAUAGAGGGCUGUUGCGUUGAAGCUACAGCAUCCCAAGGAGGCUGCGUCAUGGCCGCUGCAACAGGCUACCCCUUCCCCAAAGUGUUUAGCUCCUGCAGCCGGGGGCAACUGGAGAGCUAUUUCCAGAAGGGAGGCGGCAUGUGCCUCUUCAACCUGCCAGACACCAAGGAUCUAGUGGUGGGCAAGAAGUGCGGCAAUGGAUUCCUGGAGGAUGGCGAAGAGUGUGACUGCGGGGAGGUUGAGGAGUGCACCAAUCCUUGCUGCCACUCACACAACUGCACCCUGAAAGCCGGAGCAGAGUGUGCCCACGGGGAAUGUUGCAAGAGCUGCAAGCUAAAGACAGCUGGGACCAUGUGCCGAGAUCCAGCCGGAUCCUGCGACCUCCCAGAGUACUGUACUGGGGCUUCUCCGUAUUGCCCCACCAAUGUCUAUCUCUUGGACGGCUCAUCCUGCUCCUAUGGGGAGGCAUAUUGCAACAACGGCAUGUGCAUGACCCAUCAUCAGCAAUGCGUCCAGCUGUGGGGCUCAGGUGCCUCUCCGGCUCCAGAUGCAUGUUUCCAGGACGUCAACAGGGCUGGCGAUAUGUAUGGCAACUGUGGCAAGGACAAACAUGGCCAGUAUGUCAAGUGUGCCUUGAAAGAUGCCAAGUGUGGGAAGAUCCAGUGCCAAAGCUCGGCUGCCAAACCCAAAGGCACCAACACCAUUUCCAUGGACACCACCAUCCGCUUCAACGGGCGGGAGAUCAAGUGCCGGGGGACCUUGGUUUACGCCACCAACGAUGACGAGGGGGACAUGUCUGACCCGGGUUUGGUGAUGACGGGGACCAAGUGUGGAGAUGGAAUGGUAUGCAAAGACCAGCAAUGUUUGAAUGCCUCAUUUUUCGAACUGGACAAAUGCACCUCCAAAUGCCAUGGACAUGGAGUUUGCAACAGCAACCGGAAUUGCCAUUGCGAUGCUGGAUGGGCCCCUCCGUUGUGCGAGAAGCCUGGGCUGGGAGGCAGCGUGGACAGCGGCCCCGUGCAAUACGACAAUCACGAAACUGUUCUGGUCACACUCGUGGUGGUUUUCUUAUUUGCCACGCUUCUUAUAGCUGCUGGACUCUAUGUUUACUACAGACGGGAGAGCUCCUUCCUCAACAAGUGGGUCAAAGGCUUUAGGAAGGGCCAGGAGACGUACAGGAGGAAUGGAGUGACACCUCAGAAGGCAAACCAGGGACACGCUAACUCUGCCUUUGUGCUACAGGACAUUUCCUCUCCCUCCAGUAAAGCUGUUGGCAGAAACCCUAGCCAGGUGAGCCGGGGUGUUCCUCCACUGAGAGCAAACCUGCUCCAAAGCACUUCCCAUCCAGUCAACGUGGUCCGCCCUCUCCGUCCGGUUCCAAGCCCAGUGGCUGCUCCACAAAAAGACCUCAAGCCUUGCCGGCCCCCGCCACUGCCUCUCAACAAAUCCCCUGCCUUUCCUGCUGCGGCAACAUUUGGAGCCCAAACAAAACAGCCCCCGCCAAAGAAGCCUCUUCCCAGCAGCCCCGUCCGGACUGCUUUGGUUGAGCCAAAGCUCCGACCGCCCCGCCGGCCACUUCCGGGGAAUCCACUUUUGGCCAAAGAGCUGCCAUCUUCUCAGGGCCAAACCUUGCUGGUCAUGGUGCCCCCCAGACACCCCAAAACGUCAAAUGUCACCAAUUCAUCAACCCACCUCUCAAGACCCCUCAAGCCAAUGCCACCUCACAGACCCAUCCCAGCCUUGAAAGUCCAGACGUCUUCCUUCCCCUUUAAGAAAUGACAGUGGUGGACGCGGGGAUCCCGGCUGACCUCCUCUUGGCUCCUUCCUCCGCAUUUGCACUACUGCGGCCGACGCAGGGAACUUUUUUGCUACCAAAGACAGUUAUUAAUUAAUAAUAUUAAUAUUUUUGUAAAGGGAUUGUUUCUGCCAAUAACGAAGAAGGGGGCUCAAGGGUCGCAACCGGAGCAGUUGGUACUUCCCUGCCGUCAAAGGGCUGCAGGAAAUAGGGACACAGGAAACGGGUCCUUUGGUGCCAUUUUACGAGAGAGUGGCUGCUUUGCGGAUUGUUCCCCAUGGCUUUGACCCUCAAGGUCUGUGUCCUUUUCUCUCUCCUCAGUUAGCAAGAGGGGAGAGGUUGCCAACUCUUGAAGCCUCCCAAAAUUGGAAGACCUUGAUCAGCUACCUCCAUGUUUUUGCACAAGUUUCAAGGGUAACUUCUCCUCUCAUGGAGUCCCAUCAAAUUGGAUAGGUUUUCAAACUGCAAGGGUUUCCAAACUAUAUGGGUCACUGGGCAGAACGGUCUUCCCAUACCUGGCAUCGGACUACCAUUCCCAUUCCAGCCACCAGCUCCUUAAACAGAAGGAUUGACUGCUCCCUGUAAGGAGCACCAGUUAACAACCUGGCCGCCACCCAUUGAACCAAUUGAAAUUUCCAGGCCGUUUUCAAGGGCAGCCCCACGUAGAGUGCAUUACAGUAAUCCAAUCAGUCAGUCAGUCCCUUUAUUUAUUUCUCUUCUUUCCCCUCCAAGAUGAGUCACUUUUCUUGCUUUCCUGCAUUUCAUACCUCCCCUGAGGCUCUUCUCAAUCCCAGAACUUGCUUCUGAUGCCUCAAUAAGAUGAAAAAUGACUCUCUGAGCAUGAGCCGAGUUCAACCAAUAAUCACAAUGUAUCCAAGGAGAUUUCUGAUCCAGCAAACGUGACUUCCGGACAGAUCUGAGCCCCAUCUCCCUUUGAGAAACACUGAAUUUUGGGUACGAACUGCUACUCUGAGGACAAAUGCUCCAUAAAACCAUGUUCUGUUUCCUUUUGUUGCUUUGGCCACUUUGCUGAAAGUUGAUUCCCUCUUUGACCAAUUCAUGGGCUGCCAAUUCAGCUGCAAUGCCUGGCAACUUCUGCAAAAUCCAUGUUUUUAUCCUGAGGUGCUGAGCAGCCAAAAGAGCUUCCUUGGUGCUGCCUGAUGUUUCAUGCUCAGGGCUUGAGUUUUGAAAGCUCAGGCCUCCCAAGUGUUUGGGAUUACAAAUUCCAAAUACUUCCAGCCUUUGUGGUACUAUAGCAAAGCCUUGGGUCCUUCGUUCAGGUCUGGGUAGGUCUCAUGGAAAAGCAAUAUUUGAGAAAAUGGGGCAGGAGAGUGGUGUGCAAUCCAAGGGUGCAUCUACAAUGUAGAAUUAAUGGUUUGACACCAUUUCCACUGCUCUGUCUCAAUGUUAUGGAAUCCUGGGAGUUGUAGUUUUACAAGGUCUUUAGCCUUCUCUGCCCAAGAGUGGUGGUGCCUCACCAAACUACAACUCCCACAAUCUCAUAGCAUUGGGCCAUGCCAAUUGCAAUGUUGUCAGACUGCAUUCAUUCUAUAGUGGAGAUGCGGCGCUAGGUGUAAUACUUGGUUCACGAUCCCAAAAUUGCACCUUUUUCUAUGAGUUGCAUGGGGUAGAUAGGUUCACAAUAUUAAUUUUGAGGAAAAUAAAUAAAUAAUGGGAGGAAUUACGGAGGAUUUUGCUCACAGUCAAGGGCACUGGGCUUGCCAUAGCUCCUUCUACCUCCAUUAUGGAAGCUCUCCAUUCUCUAGCUGGGAAAUGAGUGCCCAUCCUUUCUCCCAUUUCCAUACCUCAUGGGUGGGAGUCAUAUGGCCCUCUUGUUGGACUGCAAAUCCCAGCAACCAUUGCAUUGCAAAUGGGGAAGAAUGCUGGGAAGUACAGUCCAGAAUCACCUGGAGGUGACAAAUCUCACCUUGCUUAAGACUAGUGGUUCCUAAAUUCUAGUCCUCCAGAUGUUUGGAACUUGAGCUUCUGGAAAUGUCGUCAGGUUGGAUCUGUAAUCGGGAGUUCUGGAAGUUGAAAUCCAAACACUAGAGUUUGGGAAACACUUUUUAUUAUGUCGCGCGCUGGGCCUGUAAAGAAUGUCCUUUAGAACAGGACUUGCAAUCUUUGCCCAGAGAGAAGCCAGGGGGCCCAAGGAGAAGUUCUCAGAGGUUUUCCACCACAAAUGACCUUUAGAUGGCUUGUGAAGUAUAACAAAGUCUUUUAUUAAUGAACAAUCAAACAGAAACUUCUCUUGUCUUCAGAAAGUUAAACAAAUGAUUUCAGGCUUUUAGGCAACUGGUAGCUUCCUAAACUUGCCUACAAAGGACAGGCAACUGUCUUCAAUAACUUCUUCUUUACUUUAAAGGAAAAUCCCCUUUUUAACUUCUCCCAGGCUGACUGUAAUUUAACCCUUACUGAUGUGGGCUCCGCUACCGGGUCGAACUGCUUCUCGAAUGCCGAGUGGACCUACCAGUAAAGGCUUAGAGGUUCUCCAGCUGGAGUUCUUUGGUCUUUAGGGCUAUUUCCCUGGAAAGUCUUUGGAGACUCUUAAGACUGUUCUCCCCUGGAAAUUCUUAAGGGUUGGAGCUUUUGUACAGGGGAAGCUUGCACACGUCUUGUACAUUAGCUUUCCUUGCUGAGACUAACUAAAAAUGGCUUCCUUCCCUUCCCAAUUGCCCUGAGCAAGGGGCGGGACCAAAACUUAACGAUGAUGGACAGGUGACUAGCCCUAUGACUGCAACCAAAGGUAGCCACCUAUCUGCAGAAUCCCAGGAACCUUUGACUGCAAGCAAACAUUUAAUACAAAGCAAAUAAAUUUGCAGCUCCUAGUACAGUCGUACCAGCACACAUUUUGGACAGGUUGUUUCUCUUUUGGGUUGAUUUUGAAAACGAGGAAGGGCUAUGCAGAACGGGGCAUCAACCAUUCUCCCUCAAAAUGUGACUCUUUUUUGUGCAUCUUUGCUGAUGUGAUUACUUGCCUCAAACCUCAAGGAAACUGAGCCCUUUUCAGAGCCUUUUGUUAGUCCUCUUGGAGCUUUGCAUCCACAAGUGAAUCCUACUUUUUUGGGAGGAGCAAGCCAGCUCUGGCCUUGGAACGGUGCCUCCAAGAUGGUGACAGAUCGAAUGUCUGUGUUCAUGCGGUCUAGGAGCCUCAAUGUUCCCGCUAUGCACCUUGCUGCCAAAUGUGUGUGCCUUCAAAAUAAACAUUUUAGGAAACCCUCCAUGCCCCUUCUGAAUGUUAGUGAAAAAAUAAAGUUUUUUUCUUAUUUAAAUACAAA